AUGAGUAUCCAAUGGUCUACAACCUCUUCUGGGUCGUGGGACGAGAAGUACCCUCAGCUGAAACCUGGCAACCGCGGCCUGCCAUCAACCAGUCUCACUGAACCGAUUGUCUACCCUGAGAAUCCUGGUGAUACUUAUAUCAUGAAGCCAGUAUCGCAUAGCUGGGCUGAUGUCUCUGAAAUGAUCUUGCACUGUGUACAUAGCAGCUCACAAGACAUCGAAUCUCACCCUAUUCACAACCAAUUGUACCAAUCCAUCGGGUUCGACCAAGACCUCAGCACUGUCCUUGUAAAGUUUAUGGAGAUCUACAACGUUUUGUUCUUCGGGGGAAUGGUCAAAAGCUCCGUCGUGGAGAAUUCCGCCGAUGACGAAUAUGAGAUUAUCUUCAACCUUGAGUUGGUCUCCAAUGGCACUCGAGCCGAGAAGGUUGAAUUAUAUAAUGACUUGGGUCUCACUACCGGCUCUUUGGACGGCAGAUCCAACUCUGUAACCAUAUACAUCAGGGACGGACGCAUUUUACACCCCAAUUGGGACUUCUGCCAAGUUAUAAGUGAAAUGUUGGGGACCCUUGCCCAUGAGAUGAUACGUGCCAUGCAAUUCAUGUAUACAAAAUGUCCAGGCUGCGGACUUGGAAUUGAGUACGCUAUGCAUGGUACCAAUUUUCAGAAAGUUGCGCAAGCCAUUGAGCAAGCAACUCGUGAUCCUUCGGGAGGGAAAGGGUGGAUCUACCCGAAAAUCGAACUUGGCAGAGAAUGGGGGGUAUAUUACGACAUCAAAGAAUUUGAAUAUAAGGAACCAACUGAUAUGGAGAUUCGAAAUAUGAGGUUCGAUGUGGAGUAUCUUAGGAAAAUCCUCCGAUUGCCUUACAAUCCAAGAAGGGUGGGAUCGAUCGAUCAGCCGAGCGAUUUCAAUUAG